AUGAGUUGUUUAACAUCUCGCGACAUUUUCCAAAUUUCCAAAUACUUCAAAAACACUUCUGAUUUUUUCAACAUCGAGAUGGUGUGUAAGAAGUGUCGCGAGAACAACACAAACUUUAUUUCAAACCCUAUACCACUCACACCUCAAAAUUUAAAAAUCUUUGCUUACAUUAAAACGUUCAACGUUUACACAACGUAUUAUUUUAAAGAAGCCAUCUCUUUCUUUUCAAACAAAAAGUUGUUGAAAGUCAAUUAUAUGUACCCAACAACAUACACUUCUUUUUAUAACAACAAAAAUAAAAAAUGGAUAUAUUCCAACGUCGAGUUCACAGCACAAGAUUUUGCAACGUUCGGUCUACCAAUACCAAACAAAGUCAAGUCCCUUGGCAAGAUGUGUUUUAGUCAAAAUUUAACAAUCACUGAGUUGGUUAUACCAAACAACAUACAACGUAUUUGGGAGUCAUGUUUCAAAGGAUGUGAAAAUCUUGUUAAUAUCACUUUGUCGAACAAUUUGACAUAUAUAGGAAAUGGUUGUUUCGAGGACUGCCAAAAGCUGGAAACCAUAAAAUUCACUCAAAAUGUGAUAUUCCUUGGAGAAAAGUGCUUUAAAAAUUGUUUCAAACUGAAAGAAGUUAUUCUGCCGCCAUUCAUUAAUAUGCUUGGGACAGAAACUUUUGAUGGGUGUUAUAGUAUGAGUAACAUUGUUAUAGGAAACAGUGUGACUUCUAUUGGGAGUAAUUGCUUUGCUGGUUGUAAACAACUCAAGUCUAUUGAACUCCCACAAAGUGUCUAUUUUAUUAACGACAAAUGCUUUAAAAAUUGUUUUCGGUUGCAACGAGUUGUUCUCCCAAAAUUUCUUAAAAAACUGGGGAAAGAGGUUUUUGAGAAUUGUUUGAAACUGUCGAACAUCACACUUCCCAAUUCAGUGAGUUCAAUGGGAGAGUAUUGUUUCAAAAAUUGUGAUUUGCUUAAAGAAGCUGUUCUAUCAAGUGCCCUGACUGCCAUCCCCAGUUAUUGUUAUUACAACUGCAAAAAUCUGCGGUGUGUGUAUAUCCCACAGAACGUGAAAUUACUUGGGAAUGUCCCCUUUAAGAAGUGCCCCAAAUUACGGAGUGUAUUUUUCGAUGGAGAUGUCAUUGAGUUUGGGGACAUCUGUGAAUGUGAGUCCGUGUACGUUAUUAACGACAAAUGUAAGAACUUAGCCGGAGAGUUUAAAAGAAAGAAACAAAAGUAUAAAGUCUACAGUCAGGCAGACAACGAGACGAAAGCGACAAUAGAACGGUUAAGACGACAGACGGAUUAUAAUGAGAUGUUGUAUCGCACUCAUUUGACUCAAAAUGAAUUCUUCGAGGUCUCAAAAUACUUCAAAAGUGUUCAAGACUAUAUCAACAGCGAAUUUGUGUGUAAAACAUUUAGAAAUAACAAUGAGAGGUUUAAUGCUAAUCCGAUUCCUUAUGACAAAACGUCGUGGAAAGUGUUCAAACGCAUCACUAAUGUGAAUGUUUAUGAUGAAAUGCAUUUUAAUGUCAAAUUCAAAUACUAUUUGUUGAACAAGAUGGUCACUAUUUGGUAUGAAGUCGAUAAUGCAACUGUUGUGAAUAAUCACAACAAAAAUUGGAAAUACAAGAAUGUCAAAUACACGAAAGAAGACCGAGUGAUGUACAAUGGAACGAUGUCAGAGGGUGUACAUUCCCUUGGCGAAGAUUGUUUUGAACAAGUCGCUUCAAUAUGUAAAUUUGUGAUUCCUUCGACAAUCAGUCGAAUUGGAAAUUCGUGUUUUUCGUCAUGCACAAAUUUGUGUACAAUAAGGCUGUCGGACAAUUUAACAUCUAUAGGAGACUACUGCUUUUGUGGGUGUAAAAAACUUGAAACAAUUGCAUUGAGUUCCAGAACUUGUUACAUUGGAAAGGGGUGUUUUAAAGAUUGCAGUCAAUUGAAUGAAGUGGUUUUGCCAAAGUAUCUUCCAGAGCUUCAAAAUGAAGUGUUUUCCAAUUGUUCUAAUUUAAGAGGAAUAGAACUCCCACAGACUCUUCAAACGAUUGGAGAAAGGUGUUUUGAAAAUUGUCGCAGCAUCACGGAAAUUGCAUUUCCAAAGAACGUUCAAAAUGUUUUUCAAAAUGCUUUCAGUGGGUGCCAAAAACUUGAGUUGAUGUAUUUUACAACGACAAUGACAAGUGUUGAGAAGAAUUCGUUUGUGAUGUGUCCAAACAUAAAGAACGUUGUUUUUGAAGAAAAUGAUAAUACAAUUUCUCUGGUGUUUGACAAUGUUUUUCCCACGACUUUUUGGGUGGGAAAAACAAAUAAAAAAUUACUUUGUGAGACGAAGAACAACGUCAAAGAAAUAUCUGAUGCACCCAAAAAGGUAUUAGAAAGAGUAGAGAAGUAUCGGAGUUUGUUUAAUUAUACAAAAGAAGAUCUUAUAGAAAACACACAAGUGAAAAAUGAUCAACACAAAGUCGAUUCGGGGUUGGAAGAACAGAAAGAAAGUGAUUUUUCAAUCGAAGAACAAAUUGAAGAGAAACAAAAUGCUAUUGCAAAGUUCAGUUUGUAUAUUGAAAUUCCAAUUCCAUUAGAAUAA